GAUGGCUUUCCUCCAUAUCGUUCCAGCAACAAGAAGCAGCUGCAGAGGGAGAUGCAUUGCAGUGUCAGGGCCAACGGGACAGGGUGGCGCUACCUCACUUCCCAAGGACACACUGGCUGCCCAGAGAGAUGACCCCCGUAGAACCGGCAGCGUUUGCGGCUGAGCUGAUUGGCCGUCUGGAGAAGGUGAAGCAGGAGCAGGAGACGAUGCACACGCUGGAGGAGCGGCUGCAGCAGAUCAAAGAGGAAGAAGACCGAGAGGAGUGUGAGACCCCCAUCUACUUUCAGACGCCCCGUGACUCCAUGGCCUCCUGCGAUGAUGACCCUCAGGCCAUCUUAGACGAGCACCUAUCUCGAGUCCUGAAGACGCCGGGCUGUCAGUCUCCGCAGGUUGUGGGGAGGUCUCGCUCCCCGGAGCGCUCUCGUAUCCUGAGGCCUACAGCUGUGGUACAGUCCGUGCGCUGCUCCGUGCCCACCAAGAGCAAACAUGUCCACCACCACUACAUUCAUCACCACACGGUGCCCAGGACUAUGGAGGAGAUGGAGGCGACGUGCCAGGUGCGGUGUCUGUACUCCAGUCCUGCCGACUAUUGCUGCUACCUGAAGACCAGGACUCCCUGCCUGGACCUGCCGCUCCUGCACAUGGAUGCCAUGGGGAGGAAGGUGAUUCCUGACCGUUCGGGGGAGGGGGGAGUUGUCUACCAGAUGCCCAUAGAAGAGUCCUGGCAGAGGGUGCUGGAGAGCGAGCGGCUGAGCAAGCACCACAGCGCGCAGAACACCUGGAGGAACGCAGCGUGUGAGCCCACCAGAGCUUCAUCAGCAGAGCGCCCGUCACGACAUCACCAGGGCAGCGCCCCCAUAAGAUGCCAGCACCCACCAGGUUUGGACACCACUGUGGUGUCAGUCAGCACGCUCGCUCAGCUGGAGGAGGCAUGCAGGAGGCUGGCGGGGGUGUCCAGACCAAGAUUAAGGUGUCCGUCCUCCAGUCACCAGCGCAGUCGCUCUGUACCGUGUCCGGUGGUGGCCGCACAGGAACAAAGAGAACCAAAGAGCCAGCAGAGCGCCCCCCCACAGCCGCCCGGAGAACUGACGGUCACCUACUUCUUCUGUGGGGAGGAGAUUCCGUAUCGGCGGAUGCUGAGGGCGCACAGCCUGACCUUAGGGCACUUCAAAGAUCAGCUGAGCAAGAAAGGAAAUUAUAGGUACGAGACCCCAACCGUCCCGUGUUAGAGCGCCCUACA